GGCGCCUAUGUGGAGGAUGGAGGAAUACGUAAAAUGGCGGCGCCCAUGAACCGGAAGCAGCGUGUCACGUGGGUGAUAACCAACCAAUCAGAGCGCAGUUUGGGGGCGGGUCCGCCAUUGGCGGGAGAUCCUCAGUGAGCCCCAUGGAGGCCCCGAAGCGAGCGGGAGCUGCCGGGGGCCCCCCCGGGGGUCCCAAGAAGUUCCGGGGGGGUCCCCAGGGCCCGUCCCAGUUCGAGGAGGAAUUGGCCCAACUGGGAGAACUGGAGGAGCUGGAGGAGGAGCUGGGAAUGGGGGAGGGGCUGCCCCCGGACCCCCAGAGCCAGCCCAGCGGUUCCCUCUUUGUGGGGGAGGUGCCCCCCAAGUGGCGCCGCCCGGCCCCUCCCCCGCAGCCCCCCGAGACUUUGACCUUCCUGCAGCUGGACAUCGACCACUACGUGG